GGCGGGAAGCGGAACUCCGGCGCGCGGGCCCUUGCUUCCGGUCGGACCCGGGUGGUGUUGCACCACAGGCGCGCGCGGCACGGGCCGGCAUGGAGGAGCGGGCUGACUCCGAGCCGACCCCGGGCUGUAGCGGUGUGGCCCCGGGCGGCGUUCGCGGUGGCGGCGGCGCUCACGCGUGGGCCCCCGAGGACGCCUGGAUGGGCACCCACCCUAAGUAUUUAGAAAUGAUGGAAUUAGAUAUAGGAGAUGCCACCCAAGUUUAUAUAGCAUUCUUGGUUUACCUGGACCUCAUGGAGAGUAAAAGCUGGCAUGAAGUAAACUGUGUGGGAUUACCAGAACUACAGCUCAUCUGCCUAGUUGGUACUGAGAUAGAAGGGGAAGGGCUACAGACUGUGGUGCCUACACCCAUCUCUGCUUCUCUCAGCCAUAACAGGAUAAGAGAAAUCUUGAAGGCAUCUCGAAAAUUGCAGGGUGAUCCAGAUUUGCCGAUGUCUUUUACUUUGGCUAUAGUGGAAUCUGAUUCUACAAUAGUCUAUUAUAAACUUACUGAUGGAUUUAUGCUGCCAGACGCUCAGAAUAUUUCCCUUAGAAGAUGACAUCUAUACUUCUCGACACUUAACUUUAUCAUCUUUUUUAAAAGAUGGAUUUGAGACCCAUCAGCCUGCGUUGCCUUUUAUUUCAAGAUAGUCCAGGUUGAUUAGCUGGUUCCAUUUCAUAAGUUUUAUUUCUGAAUAAAACUUUCCCAGAUAGAAGAAUUUGUAUUGUUCAAAAAUUACAUUUGAACAAUAGAGUAUUUACUCUAGAACCUUCUUCAGAGAGACAGUUUAAUUGCAGUUGUAUGUAGGUGUAUGCUGAAUAUGUGUUCAGAGGAGUGGAACCCAUGUGCUGCCUCUCUCAGUCCCACAGUAGCUGUCAUUGUUGAAACCACCACCUCUUCCCUUCCUCUGCCCUCUUAGUGCCUUUCGGUAUUACAGUCAGCCUUCCUAUGGCCUUUGACACCUGGAGAGUUUACUUUGGCCUGCUUUUUUAUCUCCAGGUGAAAGUAAAGGAUUUCUUUCAGUUGGGUUGUUUUUGUGUUGCACUUACUGUUAUUUCCUCUUCAGUUGACUUUAAAUCAAAACUAUAAAUAUCAAUAGUAUAAAUUUACAUGUCUGGAUUAAUAAGGACCAGAGAAAUGCUACCUACAAGAGUACUGGGCCUUCCUUUCCAUUCUUAUCACCACCAUCCUUAUUAUAUUACAGAUAGAAUGUUACAAAGACAGAGUGGAGGACAAUAUCAGCCCAAAACAUGUCUUUAUUAACUAGAUCCAGUUAUUCUACUUUUGUUAAUACCCCCAGUUACAUUGUCCAAAGUAUGAAAAGUUAUAUGCAAAACAUUUUCCCAGUGGCAUUUCUUUUAAUAGCCCAAAUUAUGAACCACUAAAAAGUUUAGAUCAGGAGUCAGCACACUUUCUUUAAAAGAUCAGACUGUAAAUAUUUUAGAUUUUGCAGGCCAUACCAUCUUGUCAUAAACACUGCUGUUGUAGCAUGAAAGCAGCCAUGGACAAAAUGUAAAUAAAUGGACAUGGCUAUGUUCCAGUAAAACUUUAUUUACAAAUGUGGGGCUACAUUUGUCAUCCCCUAGUCUAGUUAGUCAAAUAGAUAAAUAGUAUAUUAUAUACUCAUUAAAAGUGAGUGAUGAAUAUUAUGAAAAACAUGAGAAAAUGUUAUAGUGAAAACAUUGCAAAAUAUGAAAGUGUGAGAAUGACUGCAAGUAACAUACCAAGCAUAUAAUAAAAAUAU